CCCUGUGCAUUUAACCUUUCUUUCGUUCCGGUCGAUUCUCUCUCUCUCUCUCUCUCUCUCUCUCUCAUAGUGUCUUUCCUUUCCUGUGGAGUUGUUUCUGCUUCUGAGUUCGUAGUUUGUUGAGCUUGCUUCCCGCACAUGGCGACCGGAAUUUCUGUCGCUACGAGCUCGAAAAUGUUCCUAAUCGACCGAAAUACAUCUCUCUUUCGGAAACCCAAUUCCGUAAACAGUAGUUCCUCUUCGCUUUUUUCUCCCAUCGUUUGCCGUCCACUCGGUGUUUUCCAGGCGAGGAAGAAGGUGAAUGUUACUCUCUGCUUUGUUGUGGAAGAAAAAAAUCAAGGAAUUGGUCGUACUGAAGAAGAUGAUAGCAAGGUAGAGAGUCCCGAUGAGGUUAAUCCGAUCUCAGACCGCAUGGCUGAGAGAUUAGCGAGGAAGAGAUCAGAGCGGCGUGCUUACCUCGUCGCAGCAGUCAUGUCCAGUCUUGGGAUCACUUCGAUGGCUGUUGCCGCUGUUUAUUAUAGAUUCUAUUGGCAAAUGGAGGGUGGAUUGGUUCCUGUUUCGGAGAUGUUCGGCACAUUUGCUCUAUCUGUGGGCGCUGCUGUGGGAAUGGAGUUUUGGGCUCGAUGGGCUCAUAGAGCUCUUUGGCACGCUUCGCUAUGGCAUAUGCACGAGUCUCACCAUCGACCAAGAGACGGACCCUUUGAGCUGAACGACGUGUUCGCCGUCAUCAACGCUGUUCCUGCCAUUGCUUUACUCUCUUACGGCUUCUUCCACAAGGGUCUCCUCCCUGGCCUCUGUUUUGGUGCUGGUUUAGGCAUAACAGUGUUUGGUAUGGCUUACAUGUUCGUCCACGAUGGUCUGGUUCACAAAAGAUUUCCAGUUGGACCAAUUGCCGAUGUCCCUUACUUCCGUAGAGUUGCUGCAGCUCACAAAAUUCAUCACUCAGACAAAUUUGAUGGAGUACCAUAUGGGUUGUUCUUGGGUCCUAAGGAGCUAGAAGAGGUGGGAGGAUUGGAAGAGUUGGAGAAGGAGAUCAAUCGACGGAUAAAGCCAUGGCAGAGGUCCUGAUGAGAGCUGAGCACAGCCAUUGACCAUCUCUCUUUCUUUUUUUUUUUUUUUUUUGGGAGUUGGAUUUGUUGGUGCUACAUGUAGAGAUGAAAUUGAGUUACAGUGUUCUGUUUUUUUUGUUGGGUUUUGAUAAUUGUUGGGUAUUGAUAAAUGAGGAGAAGGAAAUGUAUAAGAUACUAACAAAAGUGAAAUCAAUUUCCUUUUGUACUAUAUUCCUGUAUUUCAAUUUCUAAGUCUGAAUAGAAGGAAAGUGGAAAAGAUAA